AUGACACCAAACUCUACUACUCAGCCAAGGAAACGAGGAGCACCAGGAGGGGAAGCACCAUCAGCAAGACCAUCGACACCACGAUCGAUUCCAGGGUGCUCAGCUCUCUGCAUUAUGUGUUUUUUGGUCGUUGGUGAGGAGAGGCAUUUCGAGAAUCGAGAAAUGUCAAUAUACAACAAAUGAACUCU